AUGCUUCACAAUUCUAGCCCUCAUUCAAUGCGUCAGACGGGCCAUGGCCACCAGCUGCCACUCAUCCCUGAUGAAACCAUCAUGACCUCGCAGCCUCAUAUUCAAGCUUCUCCGGACCGGUUAGCUUCUAGAAAUCCUCCGCUGCCCGGAUCUCAUAGUCGCGACGUUUCCACAGCUCGCGGCAGGCCUGUCGAUGUCCCAGUGCUUGGCGUUCCUUCAUUACAACCGCAACCACAGAUUCGAUCUCAAUCUACCUCAAAAAGCCCAGAGUCUCGUUCGGGUUCCGCCACAGACGGAGAUGUAACAGAGAAGCGGCCGCAGAACUCGUAUGGUCACCACCGUCAAGCGUCCAUCGUCCACGGGAACAUUCAGCAUACCCGGAAUCCAAGCCUUGCCAUUCCAUCCUCGACGAACCCGCUGAGCCCAGAAACGAUGACAACCGGUGGUUAUGGCAUGGCGACGAGCGGGGACUCCAAGAUGAGCAACAAGCGAGAAAACAGCCCGCUAUCCACGGUCCAAGAUGCAGGCCAGAUGAAUUUGGGUGGUGAGCAAACUUUGCAUCGGAAGGGCACUAAAUCGCGACGCGAACAUGCGCACCACACCUCGCACUCAAAAAGUGGUAGUCAAGAAGCUAGGACCGUAGAGGAAUAUGCUCUGCAUCAUCUUUUCAACUCGUUUGUUGGUCAGGCCGACGAAAAGAUUAAUCAGUGUAUUAUGAACAUGACGGAACUAGAUACACCAGUUGAACAUGUGUGUGGACCUGGUGCAGAUCCUGCGUUUGAUCAGCUCAUUUCUGCUCUUGGACACAUAGCGAGACAAAAACCAAAGCCGCUCAUCGACACGAUUAUGUUCUGGAGGAAGUCCAAAGGCGAGGCGGCGGCCCUGGCGAAGCAAAUGGUAGCUCAGCCGAAAUCAUUGCCUACUGCGGCUCCCAUGCUCCGCCGUAACACGGAGCCUACCCAACCUGGUCCUGACGUCUCUGAUGCUACCUCUAUGGCAACCACCGCGGCUCUUCCAGCUGCAACGCGUCAAGAAGAUGUCGUCCUUGCCGAACGUCGAGGAACGGUGUCUGUUUACCUUGUCUGCCGAGUCCUUAUCGAGAUAUUCAAUCAAAGCACUAUAGACGCAAUCACUCGCGAAAUGGCUGAUCGACUAGAAGACAUAGUUUUUGUCCAGUUAAAGACCGUGGACCCUGACCAAAUUGCAGCCUCUCCGCUUCGAAUGGCAAACUGGCGUAUCUAUAGUCAACUACUCGGAAUUAUGAGCGAAAAUAACUUUGCCAGUGUCACUAUCAGAUUCCUCACAGAGCUCAACCAAUACCAGAAAGAGGAAGGGGCGGGAUUACCUACAGGCAAAAGAACGUACAUAAGUGCUGACCCUACCGUGGUAGAUCCAAUCACACAGCUUGUUCGCUUGGUCGGAUUCAGACACCCAGAUUUAUGCUUCAAAGUGAUCAUUUUUCCUUUGGUCAAUUCGGAUCUAUUCAUGUCUGGGAAAGAACUUAGAAUAGAACAGAUGGAACCAGAAAAAAUGGUCAUUGGGAUUCGCGCUUUUUUGGCCAUCAUUCUUGAUCUGGAUAAUGAAGUCCAGCAUCCUCCACCGUUUCCCCAAGAUUUCAGCGGAUCCGAGCUAUCCUUUUCUCCAAUCCCCAUCCGAUCCGCCCGCACAUCUAGCGAGCAAACUCCUCUUGACUAUCUGCGCCACACAUGUCGCCCCGUUAAUUCAUCAAAGUUAAAUGACAGUACACGGAAGUGCUAUUUCAGAUUCUGUGAAGUGCUCGGGAAAUUGACCCUUUUAUGUGAUAAUACUUUCGGUGGCCAGGCUGCCUUGGACGAAAAAUUUGGAGGAGUUACACCCAAAACACCCAUAACGGACCACUUUAGCUUCGGAAGGCGUGACGACCAUGCAACUGCUCUAGAUCAAAAGCAAGCAUUCUACGAUCUCCUUCAUGUUGCCGUCCAGGCGCUUCCUCGUUGUCUUUCUGACCACAUACCCUUUAAUUCUUUAAUAAACCUGCUCUGCACGGGUACCGCGCAUGUGCAAUCGAAUAUCGCGCUCUCCUCAGCAGAGUCUCUGAAAUCCAUCGCGCGACAGUCCCAUGCGCAGCAUGUUGCCAUUGGCUUUGCUCGGUUUAUUUUCAAUUUUGACGCUAGAUAUUCGACUAUGUCGGACGAAGGGAUGCUGGGCCCUGGACAUAUUGAAUCGACCUUGAAAUUAUACGUUGAACUUAUCCGAAUUUGGAUUGAGGAAAUCAGACAAAAAAACAGAGAAGUAUCUGCCGAACAUAUUGAUAAAAGCGGUUCCGGAAGUAGAGGACUACAACUCGAUCUCUCCAGCGUCUUGGCUCACGUUGAAGAGAUUGAAUCGCAUGGACUUUUCUUCCUAUGCUCGCAAUCUAGACGAGUUCGAGCCUUCGCCAUCACCGUCUUACGCCUGAUUACCGAGUUUGAUAGUGCCCUCGGUAAAAGCAAUACGAGAAUAAUCAGAAUACUGGAAGGUGAUUCGGACAAAGUCUUAGACUUAAAGGACGACCUCUUGACUGUCGCCGAGCGGAGCAGGUUACAAAAAGGGAAACAAGGCAAAGGCCCGCAUAACACGUUGAUCGAGCUCUGCAGUAGCGAAGUAUCAUACGACUCUACGCUUUGGUCGAAGCUCUUUCCAAACCUUAUCCGGAUCAGUUUCGACGUAUGUCCGUUUGCUGUCACCUUAGGGCGUGAAAUCGUGUGUGCAAGGCUGGUUCAAAUGCACAAAUAUAUCACUGCAAUUGCAGAAGGAGCCCAGCCCGUUCAGUACGGGUCGUUAGACUACAUUGCCACCCGUCAGAUUGCACGAAGUCCUAGUAUAUCGCCAGAAGUCACAAUCGAGCAAUGGAAGCUAUAUCUCAUCAUGGCGUGUACCACACUGAAUAGUGCUGGGGCUCAGUCGCAAAGCCAGCUGGCUAACGCUCAGCAUGCUCGAAAGGCAUCAAAAGGCGGACAGCAAUCUCAGGACAAAAUAAGCUCGGCGAGAUCACUGUUUGCAUUCGUGAUUCCGUUACUUUCCGCUAGUCAUGAAUUAAUACGCAAUGCAAUUGUUGUUGCGCUUGGCUCUAUUAAUAUUAACCUUUAUAGGACGUUACUCGAGUCCCUGCAAUAUGCCGUGACCACUUGCAACGAGGAAGCCCGGGUCCGUAUUGGAAAUCAUCACCGCACGCCCAGCAGCCCUAGAAGAAAUAGACAGACGGAUCGCCUUCGAACGGAAGUGACGAACGUGUACAAAGCCACCGCCCACUUCUUAAGGGAACCAGAAGUGUAUAAUGAUGACUGGAUCCUGAACAAUCUUGUUACUUAUACAAGAGAUUUGAGAAUCUUUCUCAGUGAUGUGGAAGUUCAGAGUGAUCUAGAAUUCCAGGGCUUACGCUUUCAUUAUUGCGGCUUAGUGGAACAAUUAUUUGAGGGAAUAAAGCGGUCCAAAGACCCACUGCGUUGGAUGCCGUUCGAAUCUAGGAAAUCCGCGUUUUCUUUGAUGGAAGAUUGGUGUGGGUAUUCCCCGAAUCAAUCCCAGAUCAACGUUCGUGACGAGAACAUGCGUAAGCUCGCGCUAGCAAGACAGAUGGAUCAUGGCGAAGUUCGAAGCACGGCCGCUAUGGAGAUAGAGAAGCGGAACCUGAGGACUGCCGCGUUGAGCGCGAUGGCCUCACUCUGCGGCGGUCCUAUUAGGAUUAUGACCGAAAGCAAAGCAGUCCUUCAGUUUGAUGUUCGAAGAAUGCUUGCUUGGAUUGACAUUAUAUUGAAAACUGUCAGCGAUAAACUCCAUACAAUCGGUCGUCUCGCGCUCAAAAACUUAAUCGUCCAUAACAAAGAGCUCCCCUACUUGUUAGAGCAGUGUAUCGAGAUGUGCUACCUAUCUGAACGACCUAAAGCUCUGGAAAGCUAUUUUGAAGUUUUUUCGGAAGUUUUGAUUGAACAUAUAGACUAUCCUGUCGCGUUCUGGCGAGUUUUGGGUGCAGUACUCUUUACGCUCGGCAACGCUAAACGGGAAAUCCGAAUGAAAUCCGCUCGUUUGCUCAGGACUAUUGAAGAGCGGCAGCAAAAGAAUUCGAGAUUGCAAGAUUUACACAUCAGCAGUCCGAUAAAACUACGGCGGUCUAUAGGCUGGCCAGUUUCGAGCCCUCAAAACGGUUCGCACAACAGCAUUCUGAUUCUCGCAUUGGUCAUCUUUUCGGAAUUCUCCUUGCACUUUAGGAAUAUUCGCCCUGACACCCAGCGAAAUAUGGUUGCCGCUAUUUUACCUUGGAUCCAAGUGAUUGAGCUUCAACUUGACCCGAACGGCGGUCCAACGGGGAAGUCUUACAUGCUUCUAGCCAAUCUUUUUGAAAUUACCAUCCAGUCAGGUAACACGCUACCAAACGAAGUUCAAGCCUUAUGGCAGGCUCUUGCAACCGGCCCACACGGCGGUAAUGUCCAGCUGGUACUCGAUUUUAUAAUCAAUAUUUGCCUAGAACGAAAGGAACAAAAUUUUGUGGACUAUGCCAAGCAAAUUGUUGUUUUUCUAGCAUCUACUCCGGCGGGAUCUAAGGUGAUAGACUUUUUCCUCCUGCAAAUCACUCCAAAAAAUAUGGUUCAUGAGCGCAAAGAACCUUUGGCGGCGCCGCCUGAUGUCACCAAUCUACCAUACGUUGCCGAUUUAGGAACCAUUUUGCCUGUUGGCAACAAGCAGGCUGGAUUAUCAUUAGGGCAAGUAUCUACGAUAUUUUUAGUUGACCUGAUGGUUGCACCGGUUACGCUUGGAUUUGAAAACGUGAUCAAGCUCGUUCACGUGGCGCUUAUAUUCUGGGACCACUAUAUUUUAACAGUCCAAGAACAGGCUCGCGAAAUGCUGGUACAUUUGAUUCACGAGCUUGUUGCGUCGAAGCUUAACACUGAUUCGCACGCCAAAGAGAGACAGGCGGUUGAAGAUCUGGUAGAAUGCAUCCGCCAAGGCGACUCAACAGUAGUUUGGGACUAUGACGACAAUAACGGAAAGGGAGAUGAUCAAAAUAGCAGCCGUGUUCCAGCAUCUAUGCUCCAUGUCACCCAAAGCGUCACAGUGAGACACCUUGCGUGUAGAUCGUUCCAGGUGUUCAGAUGCAUCUCCACGUCUUUGGAUUCAAAGAUGCUGGCAGAUAUGCUAGCCCGACUUUCGAACACAAUUGCAGAAGAGGAGACGGAUUACCAGACAUUUUCCAUGGAGAUUUUAACUACCUUGAAGAUUAUCAUCAGCUCCCUGGCGCCUCAAGACCUAAUGAGAUACCCUCAACUCUUCUGGACCACGUGUGCCUGUUUAAAUACCAUCCAUGAACGCGAGUUUAUGGAGAGUAUGGCUAUGCUUGAGACAUAUAUUGAUAAGAUCAAUUUAGCCGAUGACAUGGUCCUCACAAAACUAAAGGACAGCAAGCCGCCAAAAUGGGAGGGCGAAUUUGAGGGCAUUCAAGCUCUUGUUUACAAGGGGCUCAAGUCAUCCGAAGCCCUAGAGAAUACCCUUCGGCUUCUACAUCAGCUGACACCGCUCCCGAAUAGCGACCUUACAGGUGACGGCAGCCGGCUCUUGUUUGCAAUCUGGGCGAACUUACCCUGCUUCCUUCACCAUUACGAGGCUCCAAAUAUCUCAGGUGAGCUUCAAGGUCGUGCGAAGUUGCUUGCGACAGUAGCAGAAAAUCAAGGAUGCGCACAGUUGGCGGACUGUCUAUUUGGGUUCGCGAAGUCCAAAUACCAGAAUAGCCAAGAGUUUCUGGCCGACGCUGUUGGUUCGAUCUCGGGAUAUUAUUUUCCCAACCAGGACGUCCAAAGCUUGGUGUUCAUGAUGGGGCUUCUGACCAAUACUACGCGGUGGUUCCGUAUCCAUACUAUGAGAAUCCUCAGCCUCCUCAUCUCCACGAUCGAUAUGCGUCGGUCCGACAUCGCUUGUCAUGGACCUGAUCUGAUUUCGCCUCUUUUGCGUCUGCUUCAUACGGACCUGUGCCCCCAGGCACUUGAAGUGUUAGAUCAUAUCAUGACCGUCUCCGGAAACCCGAUGGAGCGACAUCACUUACGAAUGAGCAUGGCCUCUUCGUCCUCAUCUAGAGCGAUUAGGAAGGAGUUCGAAUGUAUUCAGAGUUUGUACGGAAUUCCCGAGCCUACGGGUUGGUCAAUUGCCAUUCCAGCGGCGCAGUCGAGCCUCACGAGGAAUAAUGUUCAUGCUGUAUUUUAUACUUGUGCAGAAGCUGAAGAUGUGGGAGCACCUCCUACGGAAACCCCUGAGAUGGAGUUCCAAGUUGAAGACUAUGGGGAUUUCCAGGACGCAAGUGCGCAUUUGUACGACCAACAAACUGCUCCGUUGUUGCGAAAAUCUCUUGCUAGAACGGCGUCAUCCUCAUCGUUCCAAAAUGGACUUGCUGAAUCCCGGCCAUCGACAGCGCAACGUAUGGAAGCAACGCAGCUACAUUCUUCCCCUUUAGCACUUUCUACAAGUGUGACGACUACGGCUCCGCCUAGAUCUUCCUUGCAUAUGCGAUCAGUAACAUCACCAAAUAACUAUUUCCCGUCGAUAAAUAACUCGUCUUCAAGCCUUCCCCCAAUGCCCCAGGCUCAUGGUGUCAAAUCGCCGUAUUUGUCUGACGAUUACUUUGAAGAUGCACUCUCCGAUUCGGAUGAGCGUCUGAGCAUGAACCACCCGUCGUCCACCAACCCGCGCAUUGGCGCAGAAUGCCCUUUUUCUCUCGAAGGCAUCAUCCGGAGCAGUGUGCGGCGUCUCACCGGCGGCAAUGGCCCAGGGCGGGAUAAGGAACGACAGAGAGAGUUGUUGAGAGCCCAGCAUCGUGCACUGGCGCACUCGCCGCGUGUUCCCAAAGUUCCACCUGAAUAUCUUGUUGAUAGCGGCAGUAUGCCAGCGUCACCUGGCCGGCAGGGCCAAUAA